AUAGGAAAAAUACCGUUCCCGAAACGCUGACGUUGUGUUUAGUUGUCCGAAUGUUUGCAUCUUCUACCAGACUCGCACCUAAGACGCGGACCAAGAUUGGACCCGCUCCGAAUAUUUGUUGCCAUUUGAUGAGAUCCCAAGUCUUUUUCUGUAAUUAACCGUGCACAGGGAGUGACUGGCAGCUUUGGUUUUUUGUGUGCGACGGCUGAAAACGAGAGUUGUGUGUGUGUGUAUAUUUUUGACAGUUUUGUAAACCUUUGGAAAUAUGGCAGCGGUCGCAACCUCUACGAGCGCUCAGGAAAAUCUUCCGAAGCCGGCUACUCAUGAGCUGCUAGUAUCAAAAGUAAUCGUCCACCCAUUGGUUCUUUUGUCGGUCGUAGAUCACUUUAAUCGCAUGGGCAAGAUUGGAAAUCAGAAGAGAGUGGUCGGAGUUCUCCUUGGCUCGCUGAAAGAAAAGGGAAUCCUCGAUAUUUCAAACAGCUUUGCCGUUAAUUUCAAAUUGCCGGAGACUGUCUAUUCACGUUUUCUACUAUUUUCUACGCUGCCAAUGCUAACUUGCUUUCCCUUUGAUGAGGAUGAACGCGACAAAUCAGUAUGGUUCCUCGAUCACGACUACCUCGAAAACAUGUUCGCCAUGUUUAAAAAGGUGAACGCUCGCGAACGUAUUGUUGGGUGGUAUCACACGGGACCAAAACUGCAUCAGAAUGAUGUGGCGAUCAACGAACUGGUACGCCGCUACUGCCCAUUAUCAGUGUUAGUUAUCAUUGGAGCGAAACCAAAAGAUCUCGGAUUGCCGACCGAGGCGUACAUCUCCGUCGAAGAAGUCCAUGAUGAUGGAACGCCGACCUCGAAGACGUUUGAGCAUGUGCCGAGCGAGAUCGGUGCCGAAGAGGCCGAAGAAGUUGGGGUAGAACAUCUUCUCAGAGAUAUCAAGGACACAACAGUUGGUACCCUCAGUCAACGCAUUACUAGCCAAUUGAUGGGUUUGAAAGGUUUACAUCAACAGAUUGACGACAUUCGUUCGUAUCUCGACCAUGUAGUAUCCGGUCAGUUGCCCGUAAACCACACGAUUAUUUACCAGCUUCAGGACAUUUUUAACCUACUGCCUGACGUGUCGACAAAUGAGUUCGUUAAAAGCCUGUAUGUCAAAACUAACGACCAGAUGCUCGUCGUCUACCUCGCCUCUAUGGUUCGAUCCGUCAUCGCACUACACAAUCUUAUUAACAACAAGAUUACAAACCGGGACGCUGAGAAAGAGGGUGAAAAGGUUACAUCGCCAAAACGGGAUGAGUCGAAAGAUGGAAAGGACGCUAAGGGGGACGGUAUCGGAAAAGACUCGAAGGACAUGAAGAAAGAUGAGGCUACUGGCAGGGGCAAAGAGGAGGCGACAAAGAAGAAAUUACAAUAGCUAUUAUCAUUUAAUUUUGGAGGCCAAAAAGUGGGUAAACGACUGAGUGACUGCUUCGUUACUAAACACUGGUAACACAAGCAAACACCGUAAUGGUUGUCUGUGUGGGCGGGGAAGAAUCAUGCGUUCGCUGUACGCAGAUAUUUAUGAAUAUAAAGAGACCCUGUAUAUAACGAAAGUGAGUUGUCUUUCUUCGUCUGAUUUAUUCUCUGUCUCAAGAUUUUUGGCUACUUUUACACAAAAGUGUUAAUAUGACAAUCGAUACCACUCUAUUUACACUUGUUUAAAGAAUUGAUAGACACGUUCUGUUGCUUGACGGCACUCAUCAUCUCUAGCAUCAUAUAUGCCAGUUGAAGUUAACUGUGCAAGUUAACUGUGCAGAAGGCACUGCAGAAUCAUAGAUAAUUUUAUUUGUAGACAGUUGUCAUACUACCAUGUUGUUGUUCAAAAUAAGGAGAUCAAAAUGCUUUGUUUUGGAUUUUAGGGUGUCAAUGAAAGUAUUUGAAGAUACAUUGGACGGAUCUCGAUGGGAGAGACCGUUUGGUGGACAAGCAUAUAACGAAUCACUAUCCUUUUUAUAAUUUCUUUGUUUAUAUGGACAAAUAUUGAUUGAUAAAAAGUUCAUUUAUGCAUCUAAAAGGUUUGAUUUGGCUCCCUAUUACACAAGAGUGAUUGAGGUGUUUCAAUACCACCACACCGUUUUACGAAUUUUGUCUUAUAAAAGCAAUAUUUUCAUUUUGAUUUAUAGUAAUAAACG